AGCAAAUUCCAUGGAGACAUCUGGAUUUGUCCAGGACAAACUAACUGAAUGGGGAUUCAGUGAGUUCAUGCAGAGAUUUAAAGAUGAAGGCAUUGACAAGGAGACGUUUCUAAACCUUGGAGAUUCAAUCCGAAUUAAUUUACUGUUUCCUAAAAUUGGACCAAGAGUAAAGUUUAGAAAGAGACUCAAAGAUUACUUACAGAUGGAGAUAUGUCAUUUUGUCCAGGAAAAAUUAACUGAAUGGCAUCUCAGUGAGCUGAUUCACAGAUUUGAAGAGGAGGGUAUUGACAAAGAAGCUUUCCUAAGUCUCGAGUCAGGCAGAAUCAAUACUUUGAUUCCAAAAAUUGGACCAAGAGUAAAGUUUAAAAGGAGACUCAGAGAAUACUUACAGGACUUGAAUAGAACAAAUGAUGAUUCUGCUGACAUGAUGGAAACAAGCGCAGAGCAAGAGAACAAUCCAGAAAUGGAGCCAAACAUUUUUCCUCAACAUUUGGAAUCUUCUUCAGCGUCUGACACAACAGAUGGCAAAGACACGAUGCAGGACCACAACAUUUUUCCAUUUCAGUUGGAGUCUGCUUCAGCAGUUGACAGAGGCAGUGACACAAGUAAUGAACCAAUUUGCUCCUGGGCAACAGUGACACAAGGACAAAGUCCAACCACAUUUACAAUGUUUUACUGUCAAGAGUGUAAAAACUUCAUGGGAAACAAUCCUGAUUCUUGUUGUUCUCACUGUGCCUCUGUGUUCAACAAAGCAAGCAGCAUUCAAAAUGGAAACUUCUUUCUGUACUCAUCCCUGAAAGACCUUCUGAAAGGUAUCCUUGAGAACCACAGCACUGAGUUGUUACCUAAAACAGUUAAAGAUGAGCAUGAUAACAUCAAAGAUGUGAUGGAUGGGAUGAUGUACCAGAAUCUCCUCAGAGAGGGUAAACUAGCUGCAGAUGAUCUCACACUGACAUGGAAUUUUGAUGAAGUACCAAUUUUUAGCACCACCAGAUACUCAAUUUGGCCCCUUCAGUUUGUUAUUAAUGAACUUCCUUACACACAAAGACAGGAAAAUAUGAUAGUUGCUGGAUUUUGGUUUGGCCAAGGAAAACCUCAUAUGAACACAUUUCUGAAACCAUUUGUGGAUGAAUGUUGUGAUUUAGCCCAAAAUCCAUUUCAGUGGAGAGACAGCAGAGGCACUCUUCAUUCAUCAAAAGUCUUCUGCUUGGUUUGCUCCUCUGACGCUGUGGCGAGGCCACUUCUCCGGAAUUGCAAACAAUUCAAUGGAGAAUAUGGUUGUGACUGGUGUUUACACCCUGGCACAGUGGUACCAAAAGGCUCUGGCUCUGUGAGGUCAUACCGAUAUGAUGAAACUAAACAAGCAUCAAGAUCAAAAAAUAUGUUUGUUGAAAACACCUCAGAGUAUGGUGUAAAAGGAAUGUCCUUACUUUCCAGACUUCCUUUGUUUGACAUUGUGUUUGGAUUUGUACCAGAAUAUAUGCACUCAGUUUUAGUUGGUGUGACUAAGCAACUUAUUGAUUGUGGCUGA